GAACACAGGAAUGGUAUAGAGCAACAGGUGUGGGGCAUAACUUGUUUUGGUUUUCUCCUCUGCAAAGGGGGGGAGGGUACUCCGGCAUGUGUCAGAAAUUCCUGAUACACCUCGAGGGAGGACUUUACCAAAGACUUUGUCCUUUUUUUCACCUAGGGCAAGAAAUGGAUGCCCCUUGUUUUGUCACCGCUGAUGAGAAUAGCCUGCCCCAAAGUCAAAACAACCAACCUAUGAAAACUGGAGGGUUGGGCUUUUUUUUGUUGUUGUUAAAGGCCUGAAUGAGGUGAUAUCUUAAUGCUUACCAAGAAGCAGGUCAGUCAGGUUCUUGAGUGCUUUCUUACACAAGCAAGACACAGCCAGCCCCGCCUAAUUUUGUUUCCUUGGCACUCUCCUGCUUAGUGCACCAUUGUCACAAGUAAUCUAUCUGUUUUCUCUAAUGCAAGGCAGACUCAUCACAGCCAGGACGACUGUGAUAUUUCAGCUCAGUUCCCGUUUGUAAACACCUCCUAGACCUGAAGAGUCCAUUUAAUAAAACCAAUACCAAAGAAGGCUACGAUGUUGACCUUAGCCAGGAUUCUGUUGAUUUCAACUUUGUUUAGUUCACUACUAUUUGGGAGCCACGGGGAAGAAAAUCUAGAAAUGAACACAACACAAAGCAUUAUAGAAGGUUUGAAAACAACGAGAAAUAAACCUAUUUCUUUGGAGAGUGAAGCAAAUUUAAAUUCAAAUAAUGAAAACAGAAACACCUCAAAUCUCAACGAAAGUCAUCCCCCACUUUCGGAUCUAUUGAACAAAGUCCACGGAAUGACAAAUUUCUCCGGUAACUUGUCAACAGAGAACUCUUCUGGGAGUCCAAGACCCACAUCCAUGAUUUCCCCAACCCCUCCCUUGAUUCAUAGCUUUGUUUCUAAAUUGCCUUGGAACACAUCUAUAGUAGAUAAAAAUCCUUUGCCAGUCUCAGCACGUCCCAAUGCUUCACCUGCUGUAUCCUUAGAAAAGUACACUUGGUCUUUGGCUAGUGAUAUCAUGAAAACUCCUAACAUCAAUUCCAGUACAGCUGACAUCUUCCCUUCAGAAACAACUACCAAGUCUGUGACCCCCUUGAUAACAGAACAAACUGGAUGGCAUACUACAAAUGGUGACAGCUUCACUGGGUUUACCCCCUAUCAAGAAAAGCCAACUGUACAGCCCACCUUAAAAUUCACCAAUAAUUCAAAACUCUUCCCAAGUACAUCAGAUCCCCAAAAAGAGAAUAGAAAUACAGGAGUCGUAUUUGGGGCCAUUUUAGGUGCUAUUCUGGGAGCUUCAUUGCUUACACUUGUUGGCUACUUGUUGUGUGGAAAAAGGAAAACGGAUUCAUUUUCCCAUCGGCGACUUUAUGAUGACAGAAAUGAACCAGUUCUGCGAUUAGACAACGCACCAGAACCUUAUGAUGUGAGUUUUGGAAAUUCUAGCUACUACAACCCAACUGGGAAUGAUUCAUCCAUGCCAGAAGGUAGAGAAAAUGCACGUGAUAGCAUUCCAAUGGAUGACAUACCUCCACUUCGUACCUCAGUAUAAAACAAAAAGGAAAAGGGGUUCAGGCAGCAAGUGUUCCUCUACAUCCUGGCCUCUUAACAAACUCAUCUCCCAAAAGGUUACACAAGAUCACUGACAAAUGGAUUGUGCCAAGGAGAAUUUUAAAAGUGUGAGACUAGUAGCAGAAACAGAGAGGAUAAAUCAUAGAAAAGGUUUCAUUUCUUACAAUUUUUGGCUGUCCUGAAGCAUUUAUAGGUAAAACUUAAAGAUUACAUCAUGCCUGAUAAUUUAAUAAUAAAAAUCCUUCUAUAAAAAUAACCCCAAGCUAUAUUUUAUUAUUUAUUUAUUUUUGACAGAAACCAAUGGAGUUGGCUCCUCACUCCUACACCUGCAGUCCUAGUGCCAUAAAUCAAUAUUAGCAUUUUUAAAGGAAAAUUGGAAAGGUUAUUUUUUUAAAUAAAUCUUUGACUUAAAGCUAUAAAGAGAAUAUAAUCCAGAGUUUCAGUUCCUGAGAAAUUAAGGCAACAGGAAUGAGAGACUGGUAUUCUAGUACAUUAUAAUUUUCUGGAUCAGCACAUACAUGAUCAGCCCCUUGAGUUGUCAAGUUGACGAGGACUUCAUUCAACAGGGCCAUGGUAGGAAAGCUGACCUUAAUAAGGAUAGUAAUUGCUUCUCUAAAAGUCUUUGAAGGUUGAGGAACUCCAACGUGUCUGAAUAUACUUUAGGUUUCAAUUAAUUGGGUGCCUUAAAAACUCAAUGAGAAACAUGGUGAAAAAAGCCAAAAAAUAUACCUGUAUAUAAUUUGUAUAGUUUUAAAUUGUUAGAAACAAGAUUUAUUAUAUUUAUUAAUAUUAGACAUUAUUGCUCUACAAUGCAUAAAUAGAUUCUUUAUCUCAAAAUGUAUAAAGAAUAAGGCUAAAAACGUGAAUGGAAAUAUUAAAAAUCUUCUGAACAUCAUUUUCAUGAAUAAUAUUACAAGAAGCUUAAUUUGGAUUCUAGUAUGUUUCUGUUUGGCUUUAAUUACCACCUGCCUUUCACAGAAAAAACAUGUUCAUUAGUGGAAGAAGGUCUACGCUUUAGGGCUUAGAGGGUGAGAUCAAGGGUUAAAUUCCCAAAGAAGUAGUGAAUGUAUAAGAGGGCAAACAAAGUGAGUUCCAAUCUAGAGACUUUAUUGUUGAAUUGAUACAUGGGUUUGUGUGUGUAAAGAAACACAGCAAUAGCUUCAGAAAAUAUGGGCUAGAAAGUAAGUAAUGAAAGAACAUACUUACCCCAUAUUGCCAUAAAUAUAGCAAAGAAGACUGUCCCUCCAUUAUCAAACAAAUAUGUUACCUUAACAGAAAACAAACAAAAAUAUUAGUCAUAUUAUUGAUUAUAAUAAUCCAGUGAUUACUGCUUGUAUUUAGGUACUCUGGAUUUUUUCCCAAAUGGAAACACAUUAUUUUAUAGUUUGUAAACAUAAUAUAUGAGAUCCUUUCAAGGGUCCUGCAACUAUUUUAUAUGAUUUUCUCAUGGAGAGAGGUGAAGAAACAACAUUUUUUCUCUUUUCUUUUUUCUUCCCUUUGAUUCUCUUUUACUUCACCUUCAGUUCUGCUUAGAAAUGGUUCUACCACCCUGUGGAAGUGUUAGUGUUGUCUAGGAGACAGAGCUGAGACCAGAUGCAGGGGCUUGCAGACUGGGUGCAGAUGUUAAAGUAAACAACCCUCAAGCAGAAGCUGACUAGAGGGGUUGAUAACUGCAGGCACAAACCAGCUUCAACUGGCUUGUCAGCCAUCUCUGUCACCUGACAUGAACUUUGACUAAUUGUAUAAUAUUAUUUACAUUGUGGUUUUAAAAUUUCUCUGCCUUUGAAAUCACCUGACAGUUCUGAGACAGCCGUAUAAAGUAUGAAAAUGGGAGGGGACACAAUCCUAGAAAUUAUGACCCAAAUUCUUAGUAAAAGCCAAUACCUUAUCCUCGAAUAUUCCUCCCCUCAAUUAGCAAGACUUCAAAAGACCAGAAACCACUUCUUGGUGCAGCUGCUCUUUUUGAGCCUGCACUCUCACUCUCUUAUGUAUUUUUGCUUUCAAUAAAAGAAGUUCUUGCUCUUGCUUGGCUUAUGUGGCAUGUCCUGAAACUCUUUUCUCCUGACGAUCACCAAGAACCUGGAAAAACUUCCAUUCAGAGGCCGCUAACAAAAGUAUUUGUGGGUUACACGUGGUCAAACUACAAUAUGAGCUGUAAGAAAUUAGCUUUUCAGCUGAGGUGUACUUAGUUGAACUUCCUGUUAGCAAAAGUUCCGGGCAUAGGGAAGUUGGAAAAUGCAGAAUUUUGCCAGCGAGCCAGUACUUCCAAUGGGAAGGUGUGACAGUGCUAUCCUUACUCUGUCAUGUAUUUUAAAAUGUAUCAGAGUCCACUAUUAGCUAGAAGAUACAACUAAUCCCAUGUUAUUUAAAAAGUUUCAUAAGUCAGUGGACAUGUAUAAUACAGGCCAAGUGUUUUUUAAUCAGAUAUGACUGAAACUUGAUAAAGAAGAAUGUAUAAUUUGCAUGAUGUUAUUGAGUACAAUUUUCAGGGGCACGAUGAUUGUUUGAUUUUAAUAAAGUAUAAAUUCAAUUUACCUUUGCUUGUCUUUAUUCACAUUUCCUCACUAUAUUUGUAAGUUAGUAAGGGAAAUUAAACUAUUACAGUCAAGGCACUAAAUGUUUGGCCGGUACACAAAUCCCGUAGAAACUUUAGAGAAAAUAGGGACACUUUCCCCAUGGGAGGGUGAGGCCAAUUAUAGAUGAAAGAACAUUAUUAUAAGAGAAGUUGGAAUAGAAUGGUGUCCUCCUUGCUUAAUCUAAUAUCUAUGGUGCUCAGUGGGGGUAUUAAAACAACACUAAUGUGUAUUUUAAUUGUAACAUCUGGAACACACUGCAAAAACAAUAUGUAAAACAGGUAAUCAUUAUUUUCCCAUAAUGUAGCAUUACUAAAAAUAUCAUAAAAAGAUGGGCCUCUAUUGAAGGUUGGUGGAUAGGUGUAAAUAUUCUACAUAGUUGUAAAAGUCUAUGAUUGUGAGGGCUUAGGAUUUUUUAAAUAUAUUGUAUGAAUUGGUUUUCAGAACGAUCAUCGGUAUACAGUAUGUACAUGAGAAAAAAAGAUCACAAAGACAUACUCCUACAGAGCUCAUAAAAUUACACCCAGCAGGGGAAUCCAGCUUCUUUGUUUCCAAAGGCAUCCCACAGAGACACCUAAGGCUGCUGAGCGCUGAACAGCUGUCUGUUUUCCUUUAUAAACAGACCUUAUACAGGAAACAGCCUCUUAGAGUGUCAGAACAGAGACUUUACACAUAGGGACUUAAAGGUCACCAAGAAAUAACGGUUCUCUCCUGCUCCAGAAAUAACCAUGCUUUUAGAAAAAUGGCAAAUAUAAAGCCAUACUUCACAAUAAUUGUGUUGCCUGGACAUGAUUUGUCACACUUUAUACAGUAUUUUCCCUUAAAGUUCUUCUCAUUUGUUUUUCUAAAUUGGCUUAGAAAUCUUUUAGGCAUUUUUUAACUCAAUGAAUUUAAACAUUUUUAGAAACACAUCCAUGAGAUACAGUCAGUAUACAUGUAAUAGUCAUGUAAUGUGGGAUUACAUACAUGUUAUGGGAGAUAAAGCUAGUAAGAGAGGGAAGAUUUCAGAACUUUCCCUAAGGAUGAGUUUAACAGUUUAAAAUGAUUGUGUUAGAUUUACCAAGCUAUCACAUAAGGGAUGUAUUAUGAUGUGGGAGAUCAUGGAGACAAGAAGAGCAAUUAGAAGUCUGUGGUUAUGGUUUGAGGUACCAAGAGAUUCAUUAACGGUGUUAAUAUAAGAGCAGCUGAAUGGAAAUCGGGGGAAGAGAGAAGGAAAAGUCAAGCAUACUGUGUGGAUUGCUCAAGGUUAGAUCAUGGGUGAUUGGCAGGAAAAUCAAUUGGGAAGUGACCUUCUGUCUGAUAGGACAAGAAUACUUGCUAUAUUGAAGAAAACUCCAGAUGAAAUCUUAAGAAAGUUCCCCAGGCUAAAUACCAGACUUUUCUAUAAGCAAAAAGAAGCUUGCACUAUCUAAACAUAUUAUUAUAAUAUGUAUAUUUGCAAUGAAUAGUUGUAUUAGAAAACUAGCUUAUCUUUAUGUAUAGGAAGACCUAUGGACAAGCAUUUUUUUCAACAUUGUUGAUAUGAACAGACGUAACAUAUGAAGAGGGAAGCUUAGCUGCUGGAUCUUUCUCUAAAACUGCUUGAUAGGCUCAGAAUAACAUAAGGCUCUGAAAACUUUUAUCCCAUUAGAGUCCCUCCAGCUAAAGAGAACAAGGCACUUCCUAGGCAGAUUCAAUCAUGUAAGCCAAGCUACUACUGGAGGCUUGAAGAGCAGAAAGUCAAAAUUUAGGCUAGAGUUCAGCACAUUCUCUCAUUUCUCCAAUCCUUAACGCUUGGGCAGGGCAAAACCCGACUAACCAUUUGUAUUUGCUGGAAACAGGAAACAGGAAACAGCCUCUUAGAGUAUCAGAACAUAAAAUAUAUCAAACAUGGCAUAAACUAUAUGGCCAUAAACUAUAAACUAUAGUUUAUAAACGAUAGCCAUAAACUAUAUCAAACAUGGCAACUUGAUUAGUCCAUUUGCCACAUAUAAUUUAAAAAUAUGGUCUUAGUCUUGGGGUCUCAGUGCCUGCCACGGCUGGUCUUGGGCAAAUAAAAGUCUAGGUUGUUCACUAUAAUGACACAAAGCAGUUGGCUACCUGAGCACAGGGUUAGAGUUAGGGAGAGGUGGGAGGCAGGGAUUACAAGAGGGUGUGAGGAAACUUUUAGAGGUGAAAGAUAUGGUCUUUAUCUUGAUUGUGGUGAUGGUUUCACAGGUGCAUUCAUAUAACAAAAUGUAUCCAUUCAUGCAUUUCAAAUAUGUACAUUUUAUCAUAUGCUAAUGAUACUUUCAUAAC